AUGGGGGAGACACGCGCGUUCUCGAUGCCCGUUCUCAUAUGGUCCAUUCUCUCCCCUAUCCUCAUCUCGAUCUUCGUCUUCAUGGUGCGCGUGGGCGACGAAGACAAGUUCAUCGACUGGCACCACCUUCACAACAUCUUUCGGCACAUAUCGCCCUACUACUGGACGUACAUGGGCAUCUCGGCGGCUGUGGGCCUCUCCAUCGUGGGGGCUGCAUGGGGCAUCUUCAUCACUGGCUCCAGUCUGGUGGGAGCUGCUGUGAGGACGCCCCGGAUCACGUCCAAGAAUCUGAUCAGCGUUAUCUUUUGCGAAGCGGUUGCCAUCUACGGAUUGAUUGUGGGGAUUAUCCUCGCAACCAAGGCCGAAAGUGUGUCCCCAGUUGAAGGGGCUAGAUUCUCCAAACAGAACAUGCAUGCGGCCUACGCAUUCUUCGGAGCUGGAUUGACGACGGGGUUUGCCAAUUUGGCAUGCGGCCUCUGCGUGGGUGUGAUUGGAAGCAGCGCAGCACUGUCUGAUGCCCAAAACUCAACCCUUUUUGUCAAGAUCCUUGUGAUUGAGAUCUUUGGAAGUGCAUUGGGAUUGUUUGGUGUCAUUAUUGGCAUCAUCAUGGCCACAAAUGCAGCUUUCGAUGCUGAAUGA